AGGAUGGAUGGUUAAAACAUAAAGCUACAUAUGAAAUAAUACCUCCGGAAUCCAUUGGGUUGGAAAAAUCUAAUGAAGUUGGCAUUGUAUUGGGAAAACUUAGUGGACGACAAGGCUUAAUGAAGCAUCUUGAAGAGCUUGGUUAUCACCUUAAAGAAAAUGAAAUUGAUAGUGUCUUUUGGAAAUUUAAAGCAGUAGCCGACAAAAAAAAGAGGGUAAAUGAUGUUGACCUUAGAGCAUUGGUAUCAAAUGAAGUUACUCAAGUGGAAUCUAUUUGGAAACUUAGUGAUAUACAGGUGACUUGUGGAACUUUGGGUCUUUCGACAGCAACUGUUAGACUCACUAAUACCAUUGAUGGAGGCAUACAUGUUGCUUGUUCUGUUGGUUCAGGUUCAAUAGAUUCAGUUUUCAAAGCGGUGAAUCUUAUUAUAAAGGAAGCUAUAAAACUUGUUCAGUAUACAUUGACUACAAUGAUAGAAGGUGUUGAUGUUAUUAUCACUACAAAUGUUAGCAUUUGUAGAAUGAAUAACCACGCAUGUACUCAUUCAUUAGUUGAAGAAAGUAUUCAACCAAUUUUUAGGUAAAUAGUUCUAUGAUAAAUUCAAAUGUUUAUUGUUAUAA